AUGGCCGUUAAAAGAGGGAUUAGGAUAAUUGUGAAAAAAUAUAAUGAUUAUUAUAAGAUUGUAGUGAGAGAAUGCUAUAUUUUCAGUGAGACAUAUGGUAAUGUGCUGGUAUUAGAUGGUGUGAUACAGUGUACGGAGAGAGAUGAGUUCUCAUACCAGGAGAUGUUAGCUAAUAUACCCCUCAAUGCUCAUCCUAAACCACGCAAGGUAUUGAUAAUAGGUGGUGGAGAUGGUGGUAUAUUGAGAGAAGUUGUGAAACACCCGGAUGUGGAGGAGGUACAUCAGUGUGAGAUAGAUGAGAAAGUCAUAGAAGUCUCAAAAAAGUAUUUGCCAGACAUGGCAAAGAGUUAUUCUAGUCCAAAGUUAAAGUUACAUGUAGGAGAUGGAUUUGAGUACAUGAAAAAACAUCAGGGAGAAUAUGAUGUUAUAAUCACAGAUUCCUCAGAUCCUGUUGGACCUGCUUGCACAUUAUUUCAACAAUCAUAUUAUGAACUCAUGAAAACAGCUUUAAAACCUGAUGGCAUACUUUCAUGUCAAGGUGAGUGUCUCUGGCUUCAUUUGGACCUCAUCAAGACUAUGCUGACAUUUUGCAAGAAACUGUAUCCCGUCACAGAUUACGCCUUCACAACUAUACCUACAUAUCCUAGUGGACAAAUUGGCUUUGUACUCUGCAGUAAAAACCCUGAUACAGUGUUUAGAGAACCUGUACGUAAGUUAAGUAAUAAAGAAGUUGAGCAGAUGGAUCUCAAAUAUUACAACACAGACAUUCACAAGGCUGCAUUCAUUCUGCCAGAGUUUGCAAGAAAGGUUUUAAGAAGUGAAGAGUCUGAAAAUGGGUCCACAAAUGGGGAGGCAAAUGGGACAAGCAACUGAAAAAUCCUUAGCUAUUUCUAAAUCAUAAAGUCAAAAUGUCAGCAGUAUUACUCUAGAUAUUUAUCUUUUCAAUCAUUGGAAUAGGAAAGUGUACAUGUUACGGUUAAGGGGUCCAGUUUUUAUCAUUUUCAUUUAAUUAUUCUUCAGGAAACUCCACUAAAUACUUCUCAACAACACUUCUGACAUUUUUACUACUUCUUGAACUGUGUACCCAUUGAUUCAAAAUGUGUUUGUGUUAUUAUUGUUUAAUGUCACUGUCAUGUUAUCAGUAUACAUUUAUAAUAUCUCCUUGAUCAGUUUGGCCAUGUGUCUAUGUAUAAGUCCAUCAGUCCUUGACUUAUUUGUCCAUCAAUCCAUGACAUAUUUGUCCAUUAGUCCUUAAAUUGUUUGACCAUCAGUCCUUGAAUUGUUUGACCAUCAGUUCUUGACUUGUUCAUCUAUCAGUCCUUGAGUGACAUACAAGAAUUAGCUGGGCACAAACUAUACUGGGCAUUAAAGGCCGGAAAUUACUGAAAUAUUGUUUGGAGCAUAACUACAGUUCCAUUUGGCCCAUACUAUUAAAACUUCAUAGGAUGGUUGUCCAUAUUGUGUAGAAAACCCCUAUUGAUUUUGGGGUCAAAGGUCAAGGUCACUAUUGCCUUAAAACUGAAAACAGUUUCCAGAGCAUAACUUAAGUUCCAUUUGGCCCACCAUAUUCAAACUUCAUAGGAUGAUUGUCCUUAUUGGGUAGAAGACCCCUAUUGAUUUUUGGGUCAUAAGGUCAAAGAUCAGGAUCACUAUUACCUUAAAACUGAAAACAGUUUCAGGAGCAUAACUUAAGUUCCAUUUGGCCCACAGUGUUUAAACUGAAUAGGAUCAUUGUCAAUAUUGAGUAGAAGACCCUUAUUAUGUUUUAGGUCACAAGGUCACUAUUACAUUAAAACUGAAAACAGUUUUCGCUCAGUAACUUUAGUAUUAAUCAACCUACAACUGUAAAAUUUUAUAGGAUGAACAGCCAUGUCCAAUAUAUGACCCCUAUUGAUUUUAGGCUCAUAAGAUUAAAGGUCAGGGUCACAAUGACCUUACCACUGAAAUUGUGCUUUCUGGAGCAUAAAACAAGUUCCAUUUGGCUUACAGUGUUCAAACUUCAUAGGAUGAUUGCCUAUAUUGAAUAAAAGAUCCAUAUCUAUACUGGGGUCACAAGGUUAAAGGUCAGUAUCAAAUGACCUUAAUAUUGUUAACAGUUUUUCAACUGUCAAACUUCAUAGGAUGAUCACUUAUAUUGAGUACAUUAAUUAUAUGCCCUAAAAAAUUUGCUUAUAUUAUAUUAUAUCCCUGGCGUCUUUCUGUCCAUCUGUCGUAGUAAAAUUAUUUCAUUCCCAUGUCUUUCAAAUGCUUAAUCCUUACUAAAAAAAAUCAUUUUCGGGCAUAUAAUGCUCCGCUUAGCGGUGCUCUUGUUCAAAAUUGAAACUAUUUUCAGUAUUUACAAAACAUGUUGCUUUGUUUGCUGUUUCACAAUGGGGAAAACUAUUGUUAAAAUGGGGGACUCUAUUGUUACCAUGCGAGACACAACUGUCACAAUGGCGGUCUUUAUUGUAACAAUAGGAGAAUCUACUUUCACAAUGGGGGAAGUUAAAUGUGCAUCUUUAGCAGGGCAUUUAUUACAAUACAAGAUAUUUCCCAUCUUUACAUGUAUUUAUGUACACUUUAUAACAUGUAUAUACAGAAAUAGACAUUUGGUUUGUGCAAUUAUGUACUUUACAUAUUCUACAUGCUUGAAUGUACUUUGAAAUGGGAUUUUAAAUGCAAUAAAAUUUAAACAUA